GGUGAGAGUGGGGAGGGGGCAGCGAGGGCCCUCGAGACGCUAUGCUCCUGGGAGCUCGCGCUGCGGCUCAGAUUCCCCGGCUGCAAAACCCAAGGAAGUUGUUUGGGGAGGGUGCAAUAGGCAGGAGGGAAGGAAGCAACUGAGCCGUGCAAUGGGGCUCCGCUUCCCGGCCUUGGAAAGGGGACGUCGCGCUGGGUGACGGCUUGCAUUUCCCUGUCUGCGUCCGGGAAAUCCCGGCCACCCGGAUUCCUUUAAAACAAGGAGGCAGGAGAGCAACAGGGGGGUGGAGCUGCUGCUCAUCCCGUGCAAAGGGGGGAGAAGGGGGGAGGAAAAAAACUAGAGCAUGAAAUUUCGAGAAGGGCUUGUUGCAGCGAAAAGCAGCAGCAGGAGGCGGAGGCGCUGCAACUGGUGUAACUAACCCCCCCCCCCCCCAAGAAACCCAGAGCGAGCUAAUCCCCCUCCCGGGACCCCAUUGCAGAGCAGCGCCCUGUGGCCGGGUCUUGGCGGAUGGGUGCAAUGGCUGGGCGCUGCAGGGGAGCUCCGGGGGGGCGCGCUGCAGGGAGGGGGGAGUGAGGGCGACCUGCAUAUCCCCCCCUCCAAAAAAAGCAGCCCGGAGACUCUCCCCCCACCCCGAUUUGUUGAGGUCGCGGGCCAAUGCGGCGCUGAGCCCCGGCCGGCAGAGCCAUGCUGUUGGCCUCGGCCGUGGUGGUCUGGGAAUGGCUGAACGAGCACGGCCGCUGGAGACCCUACAGCCCGGCCGUCAGCCACCACAUCGAGGCGGUGAUCCGGGCCGGACCGCGGGCGGGCAGCGUGGUGCUGGGCCAGGCGGACCGGCGGCUGGCGCCCUACUUACUGGACCUGCACUCCAUGCACCAGUUCCGCCAGGAUACCGGCACCAUCCGCCCGGUGCGGCGCAGUUACUAUGACCCCUCCUCGGCGCCCGGCAAAGGUGUGGUGUGGGAGUGGGAGAAUGAUAGCGGCUCAUGGACGCCCUACGACAUGGAGGUGGGCAUCACCAUCCAGCACGCCUACGAGAAGCAGCACCCCUGGAUUGACCUCACCUCCAUCGGGUUCUGCUACGUCAUUGACUUCAGCACCAUGGGCCAGAUCAACCGGCAGACCCAACGCAAGCGCCGCAUCCGCCGACGCCUCGACCUGGUCUACCCACUGGUCACUGGCACCCUGCCCAAGUCCCAGUCAUGGCCGGCCAGCCCUGGCGUUUCCAGCUCACCCCCCACCCCACCCUGCACCUGCCCCCAGUGCCUUCUGGUCAUGAGUGUCAAGGCAGUGGUCACGGCUGGGGCCAAUGGCAGGACUGGCGCCGCAGUCCCCCAGCAGCAGCGUAAAGCCUCCGCCCCAUUGGGCGGCCCCAAGCCUCCCAUCCCAGCACCUGGGCUCAAGCCCCCGGAUGCCAUGACCAUCACGCGCGGCUCGCUGAAGACCCUGGCCUCCCAAGUGAGCCGGAGGCAGGCGACCAGCACACCAGCCCUGAGCUCGGCCAGCUCGGCCACCAGCCCACCUUCCGCCAAUGGGAAGGCCAUGCGUGCCAACCUCAACACCCUCAACCGCACCCACCUGCAGCGCCUGGCCAUCGCCCAGUCCCGUGUGCUGAUUGCGUCGGGGGUCCCCACCGUCCCAGUGAAGAACCUCAACGGCUCGAGCCCUGUUAACCCCGCGCUGGCAGGGAUCACAGGGAUCCUCAUGAGCGCGGCGGGGCUUCCCGUCUGCCUCACCCGCCCCCCCAAGCUGGUGCUGCACCCCCCACCCGUCAGCAAGAGUGAGAUCAAAUCCAUCCCGGGCGUGGCCAACACCUGCCGCAAGACCACCAAAAAGCAGGCCCAGAAAGGUAAAACCCCAGAGGAAGUGCUGAAGAAAUACCUGCAGAAAGUGCGUCAUCCUCCGGAUGAGGACUGCACCAUCUGCAUGGAGCGCCUCUCCACCCCGUCUGGCUACAAGGGGCCCCAGCCAGCUGUCAAGCCCGACCUAGUGGGGAAGCUGUCCAAGUGUGGCCACAUCUACCACCUCCACUGCCUGGUCGCCAUGUACAACAACGGCAACAAGGAUGGGAGCUUGCAAUGUCCAACCUGCAAAACCAUAUAUGGGGUGAAGACUGGGACUCAGCCCCCCGGGAAGAUGGAAUAUCACCUCAUCCCUCACUCGCUGCCUGGGCACCCUGAGUGUAAAACCAUUCGGAUCAUCUACAACAUCCCGCCGGGGAUCCAGGGACCAGAGCACCCAAACCCCGGAAAAAGCUUCACAGCCCGCGGAUUCCCUCGACACUGCUACCUCCCGGACAGCGAGAAGGGCCGAAAGGUGCUGAAGCUGCUGCUGGUGGCCUGGGACCGCCGCCUGAUCUUCGCCAUCGGUACCUCCAGCACCACAGGCGAGUCGGACACGGUAAUCUGGAAUGAGAUCCACCACAAGACAGAGUUUGGCUCUAACCUCACGGGCCACGGCUACCCCGACGCCAACUACCUGGACAAUGUGCUGGCUGAGCUGGCAGUGCAGGGCAUCACGGAGGAGAGCACGGCCCAGGAGAAGGACUGAGAACGGGGGAGGGGAGGAGAUGGCAUUCCUUUGUGGCGGGAGCAGCACUUUGCCAUGUGGCAGCGCCCCACACUCACCUCCUCCUCCCUGCCCUGGUGGCUGCACCCUCUCCCACCUCCUCCUCCCGCUGCUGUGACGCUCAGAGGGCACCAGUCGCACCAUUGAGACGUGUGGCUUGGGGUUGGAGCAGAGGAGGAGGCCCAUGGUGCCUCGUCAAUGGGCAUAUCUGUGGGGCUGGUCUCCCAACAUGGGCGCCGCCCCUCAUCCAAGGUUACGUUAAUCUUGUUGCACUUGGCUGGGAAGGGAGGGGGAAUUGAACCGCUAAACCCUGUGAAAAUGAACUGUCUCUUAGGGCACUACCCAGCGGGAAGUGCUCCCAUCCCAUAAGGCAGCUCCGGCACCGCAUGGGCGCCGCUGCAAAGGCCUGUGGGAAUGCCAAGGAUUCAAACCAGUUAGGAGACUGGUUGUGUGUUGUCAUGUCACUGCUGCUUUCAUGUUGUGGGCUCGAUGUGAGUUGGAAAUGUGCUGUUUGCAGGUCUGAUACCCCCCUCCCAAGCCACCUCACCCUCCCAAGCCUGCCUCCCCGAUCCCACCCCACAUCGGGUCAGAACCAGGCCUGCUGCCUGCUCGGAAAUGAGGUGGAAAUCCCAUCUCCUUGAUAUGUUCCAAACUGGGUCAGGACCAGAAAUAGCUGGGUACAAGUCUCCUGGUGCCGAUCCAUAGUGAGCUGGAGCAGAACCAGUUCCUUAAUGAUUCAUUCUGGCCGCUGUGUGAACGGUACUAGAGCAGCGGACAGGAAUCUGAUAGUUGGAUGGAUCAGAACCAGGCCUGGUCUUCUCCGGGUCCCUUUUCCCCUCCCACUCUCCCUAAUCCUUUCUCACCUGGGUCAGCUUUGUCCAGUGGGGUGUGGGAGAGAGAAAUCCCUCCUGUACUGGCUCAGAACCAAGUCUGGUUCUCCCUGUCUCAGUGAGUCUAGUUUACUCCAGCCCGUCCAGAACUGUGUGAGCUGAUCUUCUUGUACCUAUGAAGGAACCGUGCCCCAGGGAUGGCUCUGUCUGGUCAGACCUGGUGGAUGUGAAUUGAGAUAUGAGGGGAAGGGAGGUCUGAUUCUCCCCUCCCCGUCCCCCCUACCUCCCAUAAGAUGGGUUCUUUGAACUGUUUGUAUGGGGGAGUCCCCCGGAUACUGAUCUGAAUUUAUAUACCUCAUGUUUUGGGGGCUUGUCGUAUAUAUGUACAUAUAUCUAUCAUGUCACGCUUGAAGAUGACGUUGGCGCUAGGACGCUUAAAGGAAACGGUACUUAAGUUAGACCUGAGGCCAAGUCUGCUGGCAGUGGCCGUUCACCACGGCAUGGGGGUGAGGCAAGCUAGGCGGCCAUCUUGAAACAGAGGCGCCCAGUCAGGCUUGGCCACAUUUCAAAAUGGCCACUGCACGCCCCUCAGGAAGGUGGGAAAAGGGCACAAAUACACACACUCCCAUUAGUGUGACUCUGCGCAAUGGGGGCAGUUCUGAGUCCUCCCAUGCCAAGAUCCAUAGUCUCCUCUUGCUGGCAGUAAUGGGAGGCCUUGGAAACACACCUGGCCUGGGGUUAGCCCCCAUGUUGGGGAAACAGGAGCCCAGCAAAAUCUAUAGGGCAUCCAUAACCCUGAUUGGCCUCUGUGGUGCUGCCACCCUAGUGGCCUCUUUGCAGCUAGUGAGGGAGGUGGGUCCCAUGGGCUAUGCCCCAGGUCCCAUCCCUGUUGUGAGCUGGGGAAGGGGUGGGUGAGAUGGCUCCCUGCUGGGAUCCUGACCCUCUCCUGUCUGGUUGCUUAGGUCUUUGGCUCCUUGGGCUUUCCUGGCUUGAGGAUUUUUCCCUUGCAGCCCUUGUGAAGUCCCUGUGGGCAAGAUGCAGAG